AUGCGUCCGAGCGGUCGACUUUUGCGCGCCUUCAAGGGGUGGUUGGACACGCGCGCCGUCGUGCGCGUCGCCGGCGCGGACGCCGCGGCGUUUCUGCAGGGCGCGGUGACGAACGACGUGCGCGCGCUGCGCGAGGGCGGCGACGCGGCGUACUGCGCGACGCUCACGCCGAAGGGAAAAAUCUUCGCCGACGCGUUCGUUCGACUCGCCGGGAGCGAAUCGGAUGAAUUUUUAUUGGACGUCGAUCGAGAAAAGUCGAGCGAAUUUUUGCGCGCGCUCAGGAUGCUGAGCCUGAGGAAACGGGUGACGAUCGAGGACGCGAACGAGCAUCGCGUCGUCGUCGCGAGCGCGGACGCGGACGUCGGGGAUUCGAGCGCGCGCGCGGUGCGGAGGGACGAGCGAUUGGAACAAUUAGGGUUUAGGGGUAUAGUGCCCGCGUCCGACGCGGCGUGGCGCGACGCGGUGGCGGACGCGCACGCGCGAACGCGAAUCGCGCUCGGCGUCGCCGAGGGCGCGAGCGAGCUCGCGAACGCGUUACCGCUCGAGUGCAAUUUCGACGCUUUGAACGGCGUGAGUUUCACCAAAGGGUGCUACGUCGGGCAAGAGAACACGGCGAGGCAGCGGUUUCGAGGGGUCGUGCGCAAGCGCAUCGCGCCUUUCGUUGCGAUCGAACCCGGCGCGCGCGCGCCGAGCGUCGGGGGAAAAAUCGUAAACGAACGCGGCGACGUCGUGGGUGAUGUCAUCGCGGCGAUCGAAGACGAGGACGCGGUCUUGGGUUUGGUGCGCGCGCGCAUGAGUUUCAUUCGCGCGCACGUUGCGGGCGAACCAGGGUCGGCGUUUCGAAUCGCCGACGGCGCGCGCGUCGGCGUCGAGCCCCCGAGUUGGUGGCCGACCGAGUGGCUCGACGCCGCCGAGGAGUGA